UUCCUAGGAGACGGUAGGAAAUACAGUCGGCGGCGACUAAGUGACACGCACCAUAAAGCAAACGGGUUUAUGUGGGAUGGCACGUUAUGUGUUGCCCCUGCCAUCAACAGCUCGAAUUAUAGCUCCCAAUACUGGUGGUUUCUGAUCACAUUCAACGACAGACUCGAUGCUUCAUAGCCUUAAACAUCAAUCCUCGGAAAUACUGCGCGUAUUUGGGCCUAGUGUUUUCGCCAUUAGCAUCUUAUUGAACAUCCUUACUAUCUUGCGCUUUCAAAAGACAUCGGUUGAUGAUAGAAAGCACACUUACAUUGACGAUGAUUAUCCGACUGAAUUACCCCUCCGCCUGGACACCGUCGCGAUGACGUUUAAUAGCACAGACCAUUACAGUACAUCUGGGAUUAUGGCCUGGUCGGAGUGGAAUUCACUUGACCAUUUUCCACGAGGCUGGCACGGAUUUGUGCGCCUGGGACCAAAAGGGCGGGUGUUUGGUAUCUCGAUGUUUCACCAGAUUCAUUGUCUGCAAAUGAUCCGGGAAGCCCUCAUUAACGGGCCCAAUGACCAUAGUGGUCAUUGUCUCAAUAUUUUGCGGCAGGCCGUUCUUUGCAAUUCUGAUAUUACCCUCGACCCACUCAACGUCGACUCUGAUGGUCAGUUGAUAGGCGCAGACGGCUUGGGUGUGACGCAUGUGUGCCGGGAUUGGACACAGGUUUAUGCGUACGUCGUGGAGAACCAGAAGGGCCCCGCGUGGGCAGAGAAAAACAAUUAAGAUAGAGACGUGAUGUCGAACGUGACAAUCUGACAUGUCACCGAAGAUGACUCGAGAAAUACAAAUCAUAAGUCUCGGUAUCACUAUCUUCUUCGCCAAUGUCUCGAUUCUGCAGUACUCAGACAAUGAUUCAAUGACACGAUAUUAAA